GUGCCCACUGUGCCAGCGCGAGAGCUCCGGGGCCUGGGGUAUCGGGGGGCGCUUUGGUGACACAGCAAACAGGUUCAGCUGGGGGAAGGGCAGGAAGGGAGGGAGGAAAAGCCACAGAAAGAAGGAACCCAGCCAGGUCCAGCCAAAGCCAGAGGAGCGAGAUGAAGUUCCAGUACAAAGAAGAUCAUCCUUUCGAGUACAGGAAAAAGGAGGGCGAGAAGAUCCGAAAGAAGUAUCCGGACCGAGUCCCCGUUAUUGUUGAGAAGGCACCCAAAGCCAGAGUACCUGACCUUGACAAGAGGAAGUACCUUGUGCCUUCUGACCUCACAGUUGGCCAGUUCUACUUCUUAAUCCGAAAGCGGAUCCACCUGAGGCCAGAGGAUGCCCUUUUCUUCUUUGUCAAUAACACCAUUCCUCCCACCAGUGCUACCAUGGGCCAGUUGUACGAGGAUAACCAUGAGGAGGACUAUUUUCUCUAUGUGGCCUACAGUGAUGAGAGUGUCUACGGCAAGUGAGCCCCGGUCCGGUCCGGUCCGGUCCGGGCAUGCAGGCAUGAUGGACUGACAAGACUGGUUUGUGGGGAGGGGGGGGGGUUACAUCAGAGAGGAGGAAAGAGAAAGAGUAAGAAGAGGAACACACAACUGGAAACAAACCACAUACACAAUGCCGCCAUUUUCAUGCAUUUAUUAUCGUUGUUAUUUUUCAAGCAGGGUGGGAGAGGACAUGACUAGCUGGAGUGACCUGAUGAGGGGGUUCUGAGUAGUGGGAUGCAAAGAAGUUUCCCCACAUCUCCAUCCCUCCCUCCCUUCCUCCCUGCCAUGGGUGGGAAUUCUCUUAGCUAGUAGUGGACUGUUAGGCAACCACACUGACUGACUGUCAUCAUAGCAGUGGGGAAAGAAGGAGGGAGGGACUACAGGGAGACAGCAGUCUGUGUGCCCAUUCCUUAGAUGAGGGAGGCACUCCUGGAGCCUGUGUCCUGGUCAUACCUUACCUUCACCAUCUGGCACAAUAAGUCUGGGGUGUGGUAUGCACGCUGGCACUCUUGGUGUGCUGCUGUGCUCUGGCUGUCCCUAUAUUGACAAUAUUCACUCCCAUCUGGUACCUGUGAAAGAGUUCCAAGGCUCGUAUAACAUGCCCUGCCCUAUUUCAAUGCUAACCUUUCCAUCACCAGUGGUCAUUUAUUCCUCAGGUUGAGGUGCAGGAGGAAGAGUUUUGAGUGUGUGUGUGCUUUUAAAUAAUAAUUGCAUUGAAGUGCUGGACCUCCCUUGUUCCUUACAAUGCACCCCAGCCAGAUAGAAUCAUUGAAAUAUCAGGCCAGAAGGGACCACAUGUCAUCACUUAAUCCAUCCCCCUGCUGUGAGGCAAGAUCAGGUACAUAAGACCACCCUUGAUAGGUGUUUGUCUAAACAGUUCUUAAUGUCCAUGAUGACAAGGUUUCAGUCUCCCUAGGUAGCUUGUUCGCUUGCUUGCACAUCUUUCUUGCCGGAUAGUUUUCUUGCUAUCUAAGCAAAAUCUCCCUUGGCUGCAAAUCAAGCUGAUUUUUCUUCUUGUUGCACUCUCCAUGGGAAUAAUGGAUUUCUGUCUUCUUCCUAACAGUUUUUUUUAGUUGAAAGCUGAAAAAAAUGGGGUUUUCUUAUCUAACUCCUCUCUAAUCAUCUCUAGAUCCUGGUAUUCUCUUAAAAGAUCCAUCUAUUGCACCUCCCCACACAAGUGGUCCUUGGGACCUGUUUUUGGGUAAGUGUGCCACACCAUGGCCACACAGGGUACUACUGCUUUGGGGAAAGGGGAGUCAAAACAUCUAAGGCUGUAUUAUUUGAAGUCAGUGUUGGUCUUAAAGAGAUUCCAUCCUAUGUGAGCCUUAUGCUGAGAUGCCAAAACAGUGUGUUUUCAGUGGCACAAAUAGCAGAUGUUCUCAUAACUGCCAUUGCUUUAACUGGGGACUUGGGAUGGGAGGUGAGUUUUGAGGAAAUUUCAGGUUGCGGGGUUUAAUCAGUCAUUAAAUGUAAUAAUCUAAACAUUCCUACAUUGGUAGCAUCUGGAUAGAGGGACCAAUGGAGGGGAGGGAAACAACAAAGGUGGAAAGGACAGAUCCUGCAUAAAGUGAGGAAACAGAGAGUGUUUGCCAUAAUAUCAUAUACAGAUGGACCCUACCUCUUUUUUCCUGCGUAGUUGACCAGGGAGGAAGAGGUAAGAAAUCUUAAGUUAGCACUUCAAAGGGGCAAAGAAGCAGAGAGGUUGCUAGCUUCUGGUUAGGUGCCUGAAAUCUGUUUUCCCUGCCCAUCUUUCUCAACUGCUGUCCCACUGUUCUAUCUAGGAAAAGAAGAGCAUGCUGUGGAUAAGGCAGGGAGGCACUGACAGAGCUGUGUGGGGAGCCCAACACUGAGGGAGUACAGGGCAUUUGUGGCUUUACCUGUGCUAAUAUGCAGGCAGAAUAUAGGGCACACGAGGAGAAAUGUGUAAGCAAGCAAUCCACUUUUUGCACCUCAUGAAUUUAGGUUUCCUCUCCUGUCCCACACUCUCACAGGAUGCUCAAGUCAGGGUGAACUCACGUGUGUAACACCAUUAUUGGUCAGUUUGGUUCUACCAAGGAUACCACAACGCUUC